UGGUACCUUCCCGUUGAACUCUCCGAUCCCUAUGGGCGGAUUGAGCAUUGAUCCGGGCGCACUCGACCUGGGUGUCGAAAGUGCAUGGACUCGCGGUGACCAAGUCACUGCUGGAGUCAAGCGGUCCUUGAGUCUGAGGGCUGAAGCCCCGACUAGUGAUCAGCUAUCCACAGACUCGUGGUUGGGAGCUCUGGGAGCCCUGUCAAAAAUUAGUUCCCCACCCACGGGUGAUGGAGAGAACGCAUCAUUUAAAGUAAAUGAUGAUGGCGAGGGAUCUGCUGCUAUGAGCGUUAGCCCUCUGGGUAGUGUAGUUGGACUACAUACCUCACAACUAGUGGUUUGUGAGUCUAAAGGUGUUGACUUCGCAACUGCUAAUGAUAAUGUCAAUGAGUUCCCCCAUCAGUCCAUGAGUUGGCUUGACUCACCUGACGACAAGGAACUAGUAGGCGAAGUGCCUGAGUUCCCCGUUCUGAGUCCAUCUGUCCGAUCAACAAUAUUUAUCAGUUCAAAAUAUGUGGCGUUUGGAAAACGUUCACACAAGAGGGUUGAGGAUGAAUAGAC